CCGCGCGGCGCGGCCGGCUGCGGACUGACGCGGCGCUCCCGACGCGAGCUCGGCUAUUUCGGCCUCGGGCGAUCGCGUCACGCGACCGACUGCGCGGCACGGUGAGACUCGCGGCGGCCAGUGUUCGCCGGCCGACCGGGAGUGCACCACUUCCGACCGUCCGCUGCGCCGUCGGCGGUGACGCGACGCGCGUGCCCGACGAGACGCGAGUCAGUGGCACUUCACCAUGCUGCAGCGUUCGCACGCCGUCCUCCGCGUGCUGCGACAGCACCGUGCGCUGUCGCCGGCCGGCGCCGGGCCACGCCGGCUGCCCGCCAGCGCGCCCGGCACGCCGAGCCGAGCGGCCGGCGGUGCGGCCCACCCUCCGCCGCCGCCGCCGCCGCUGCCUCCACUCCGCCACGCCAGGAGGUGCCACAGUCUCUCAGACGUCAAUGAUAAGCCCCAGGGCUCGUGGAAGAACCAAGUAUUUGCCCCCGCCGACGAGAUUGACGAUGAAAUCAUCAACAAAAGUCCCGCAGAACAGCGCGAGGCCUACGAUAUGCUGGAGGACAACAUAUUCUACAUGUUCUCUAAGGACGGCAAGACGAUUCAGAUCGGCAAAUUUCUGGCCGCCCUGCGGGAGACCGGGCUGCGCAAGAACGACCGCCGCCUGCAGGAGAUGAACGACAGCCUGCACAAGGUGUUCCUGGAGCGGGAGAACCUGCCCGACGUGCACAGCCCGGAGAGCCAGGUGCUCGAUCUGCCCACGUUCAGACGGCUGGUGACGGGCAACAUUCACGUGAUCUCGCGCGCCAUGCGGCAGCGCUUCGUCAUCCCCGACUUCACCAACUUCUGCCGCGACGUGGAGGCCAUCUACUGGCACUGCAAGACGUCGCCCGGCGGCAAGGACGGCGAGGUGGCCUCCUACAUCCCGCAGCUGGCCCGCGUCGAGCCCAACUACUGGGGCGUGUCCGUGUGCACGGUGGACGGCCAGCGCUACUGCAUCGGGGACGUGGCCGUGCCCUUCACCGUCCAGUCCAUCAGCAAGCCGCUGACGUACGGUCUGGUGCUGGACGAGCUGGGCCAGGAGCUGGUGCACCAGUACGUCGGCCAGGAGCCCAGCGGUCGCAUGUUCAACGAGCUGGUGCUCGACCACAACAAGAAGCCGCACAACCCCAUGAUCAACGCCGGCGCCAUCAUCGUCUGCUCGCUGUUACAGACGCUGGCCCACAAGGACAUGAACCUGGCCGAACGGUUCGACCACGUCAAACAGUACUUCUCGCGUCUGGCCGGCGACGAAUACGUCGGCUUCAACAAUGCCGUGUUCCUGUCGGAGCGCGAGGCAGCCGAUCGCAACUACGCCCUCGGCUUCUACAUGCGCGAGAACAAGUGCUUUCCAGCCAAGUCCAAUCUUCGCGAAGUUAUGGACUUCUACUUCCAAUGCUGCUCGAUGGAGACGACGUGCGACGCCAUGUCGGUGGUGGCGGCGACGCUGGCCAACGGCGGCAUCUGCCCGACCUCUGAGGAGAAGGUCAUGUCCACCGACUCGGUGCGCGACGUGCUCAGUCUCAUGCACAGCUGCGGCAUGUACGACUACAGCGGACAGUUCGCCUUCAACGUGGGUCUGCCGGCCAAGUCGGGCGUCUCCGGUGGUAUGAUGCUGGUGGUGCCGAACGUCAUGGGCAUAUGCUUGUGGUCGCCGCCGCUCGACAUGUACGGCAACUCCGUGCGCGGCAUCCAGUUCUGCAGCGAGCUGGUCAACAUGUUCAACUUCCACCGAUAUGAUAACUUAAAGUACAGCACGGAUAAGAAGGACCCAAGGCGGCACAAGCACGAAACAAAGGGCAUCAACAUUGUGAACCUGCUCUUCUCCGCAGCUUCAGGGGACGUUAGCGCCAUGAGAAGGCACAAGCUGUCGGGGAUGAACAUGUCGGAGCGGGACUACGACGGCCGGACGGCGCUGCACGUGGCGGCGGCCGAGGGCCACCUCGAGUGCGUCGAGUUCCUGUUGCACCACUGCGCUGUGUCGCCGGCCAUCCGCGACCGCUGGGGCAACAACGCCGCGCGAGGACGCCUACGUACCAAGCACACGGGGGCACCACCGACGGAGGCCUCGAUCGCGUACGGGUAA